AUGAUUUUUACUGGAGGAUUCGGGCCUGGUUGCGGCUACGGACCAGGCUUCGGCGUAGCGUACGGUAAUUUUGGGUUUGGUCCUGGAGGUGGCAAUGCACUGGGAUUUGGAGGAGGCUACGGAGGAGGCUACGGGGGAGGUUAUGGAGGCGGCUACGGAGGUGGUUUCGGAGGAGACUUUGGAGGAGGCUUCGGAGGAGGCUUCGGAGGAGGCUUCGGAGGAGGCUUCGGAGGGGGCUAUGGUGGAGGCUUUGGGCCAGGAGUUGCCAGUGGACUUUUGGGAGGCUUUGGAGGGGGCUUUGGUGGGGGGCUUGGAUUUCCUCUGGGAGAAACAUACAUUGGGGGACCUGGCACGUUCGGCUACGUGAAGACUCUGACCGGUCCGGCAUAUCUUGUGCGAAAAGAAAAUAAAGUGAAGAAGAUCCACCCAGGCAUUCCAAUUGCCGCUCACACAGGAAUUGGUUCUGGACCCGGUUUGCUGAAAGUAUGA